AUGAGCAACGAAGAAGAUAUUAUGAUAAAUGGUGAUGAUGGAGAUAUUCAACAAGAUGACUCCAACUCUUUACCUAACUCUGCUGGCAUGUUAGAAAAUUCAAAACCAUCAGGAAGAAAGGAAUCGUACAGUCCUUAUGUAUAUAUGGAAAAAAUUAUUGAUAAGUUAAAGUUACUAAACUAUGAAAGAAGAAAAGACUUAUUUCCAAGUCACGCUUAUGGAGGUUUACCAAGAUAUUAUUUUGCUCAUCAUGAUAAAGAUCAUCCUCAUGAGCAAUUCCAUACUUUUAUUGCUGUUACCACAUGGCUGAUCUCGGAUGUGCUAAAGUUGGAUGAUUAUGAAAGACCAGACUUUCAGUUAGAUGAUCCAAAUACAACGACACAAAAUUUAGCAUUUUAUUUAAAAAAAAUGGGUAUUCCAAUGGAUUUUCCUCCAACCAAGUUGAGACAGGCUUGGGGAGAACCAGUAUGUUAUGUAAUUGAUCAAUUAUUGAAUCGCGCUCUAAAAGAAUCAAAGGUCAAGUUAAAGGCCCCUGAAAUUCCUGAAGAAAUUAAGUUUCGUGAUGAUGAUGAAAUUCCAGAAGAAUCAGAAGAUAUUGAGGAUAAUGAGGAUAUGCAACAUGAUAAUGAUAGCGAGAAUGAGGAUGAAAUGUAUUAUACAGUUGGAUCCAAAAAUGAUACAGGAUCUAAAGAUCAGGAAAAGCAUUUAGAAAUGAUUGAGGGAUACCAUAAUGCUCAAGAAUGGAGGUUAGAAACCGAAAGAUUGUCAUCCCAGCUUGUGGUUAGACUCAAUGUUGAUCACAAAGAUUGGAGGACACACGUAGAGUCUAUGGAGGAACAAAAUGUUUCAAUAAGAGACUUGACUCCCUCAUCGACUUCUCAAUUGGAAAAAAUAGCUGAGGAUAUUGAAAAGAUAAACUCAAGAAUCCAGAAAAGAGAAAAAAUGUUAAGUGAUGAUUCUUCUAUUGGAAACCUUUUGGCUAAUUAUUCAAAAAAUCAACAAGAAUUAGACGAAAUAACUAAAAAGUAUAAGGAGUUGGAAGAAACCAUUUCAGUGCUCAGUGGUGAUUUAGGAAAGAUAAAUCAAGAUCUGAGUGAUAUAAAGGUAAAUGCUGAGGAUUUAACCAAGAAGAUGGCUGAUACAACUCCACUCCGAGAAAUCAAAGAAGCUUUGGUAAAGAUACGAAAUGAUAUCAAGCAAAUGGAUAUGAGAGCUGGAGUGUUACAGAAUCAAGUCCUUCAAGCAAAAAUGAAAACAUCCAGGGUAUUGAGUGCUAAGGGAAAGAAAGGUGGUAUCAGUUUAUCUCAUCACAUGUCUUCAGGCUUUGAAUUCGAUCCAUUUAUGCAAUACGUAUAA